CGCGUUUCAGUUGCACAGUCAGUCGGACAAUCUCGUGGGUCUCGUGGGUACAUACCAAAAAAUGGAAGUUUCCCAUAUUUUCGCUUUGAUCUUGUUGAUUGCUGGAGCAGUCGCAUAUCCACAAUUUCCGUCAUGGAACAGUCCACAGAACAUGAAUCCAAAUACAUUCAUCACUGGACAGCCGGUUACACCCACCGUGUCUACAACGACGCCUCAGCCGACCACAGCAUCGCCUCGAUACCUGGCCUGUAUCCAGUCCUGCCCAGCAACCAGUGAAUAUAAUCCCAUCUGUGGCAGUGACAAUAUCAACUAUUAUAAUUCAGGACGUUUCAAUUGUGCCGUUCUAUGUGGUCGAAAUGUUCGGAAUCUACAUUUGGGAAUCUGCAGCACUACGUAGAUCACAAUUGAAUGCGAGUUGCAAAAGUCUUACAAUCUACAGUUCAAUGCUCAUUUAAUGACCUUAAUAAAAUCUGAAUAAAAACAAGUAAGAAUGAGCUGGUCGAGAAUUAUCAACUAAGUGAUACCCUCCAUCCAAAAUAAAUUAUAUUUAUGUAAAAAUCCUCUCGAAAGAAUAAAGCACAUAUUUUGAAAUGUUUUUUAAUCCA